CAACUGCAAAGCAACAUGAAGUUCUUUCUGUUGCUGUCAGCCAUUGGACUCUGCUGGGCUCAGUAUUCCCCCAAUACUCAAGUGGGGCGAACAUCUAUAGUCCACCUGUUUGAGUGGCGCUGGGCCGACAUAGCUCAGGAAUGUGAACGGUAUUUAGCCCCCAAUGGAUUUGGAGGGGUCCAGAUCUCUCCACCCAAUGAAAACAUUGUAGUUCACAACCCUUCAAGACCUUGGUGGGAAAGAUACCAACCCAUCAGCUAUAACAUCUGCACAAGAUCUGGGAAUGAAGAUGAAUUCAGAGACAUGGUGAAUAGGUGUAACAAUGUUGGGGUCCGUAUUUAUGUGGAUGCUGUAAUUAAUCACAUGUGCAGUGAAGCGGGGAGUUCAGGAACAAACAGCACUUGUGGAAGCUACUUCGAUGCUCAGAAUAGAGCUUUUCCUGCAGUUCCAUACUCUGGCUGGGAUUUCAAUGAUGUUAAAUGUAGAUCUGGAAGUGGAGGCAUUGAGAACUAUAAUGAUGCUGCCCAGGUCAGAGAUUGCCGUCUAGUUGGUCUUCUUGAUCUUGCACUUGAGAAAGAUUAUGUUCGGACCAAGAUUGCAGACUACAUGAACCAUCUAAUUGACAUUGGAGUAGCAGGGUUCAGGCUGGAUGCGGCAAAACACAUGUGGCCUGGAGACAUCAAGGCGGUACUGGAUAAACUGCAUCAUCUCAAUGUAACUUGGUUCCCUGAAGGAAGCAGGCCUUUCAUUUACCAAGAGGUCAUUGAUCUGGGAGGUGAGGCAAUUUCAAGUAGUGAGUACUUUGGAAACGGACGUGUGACAGAAUUCAAGUAUGGGGCUAAGCUGGGUACAGUGAUCCGCAAGUGGAGUGGCGAGAAGAUGGCUUACUUAAAGAACUGGGGAGAAGGCUGGGGCUUCAUGCCCUCUGACAGAGCCCUGGUCUUUGUGGACAACCAUGACAAUCAGCGAGGACAUGGGGCUGGAGGAGCAUCCAUCCUUACAUUCUGGGAUGCCAGAAUGUACAAAAUGGCUGUCGGAUUCAUGCUUGCUCAUCCUUAUGGCUUUACACGAGUAAUGUCCAGCUAUCAUUGGCCAAGAUACUUUGAAAAUGGAAAAGAUGUCAAUGACUGGGUUGGACCUCCCAACAAUAAUGAAACGAUAAAAGAAGUCACUAUUAAUCCUGACACCACCUGUGGCAAUGGCUGGGUCUGUGAACAUCGCUGGCGUCAAAUCAGGAACAUGGUUGCUUUUCGAAAUGUAGUUGAUGGCCAGCCUUUUACCAACUGGUGGGAUAAUGGAAACAACCAAGUAGCUUUUGGAAGAGGAAACAGAGGAUUCAUUGUCUUUAACAAUGAUAACUGGUCAUUAUCCUCAACUUUGCAAACUGGUCUUCCAAGUGGAACUUACUGUGAUGUUAUCUCUGGAGAUAAUGUCGAGGGCGAUUGCACAGGAAUCAAAAUCUCUGUUUCCAGUGAUGGUAGAGCUCACUUUCCCAUUAGCAACUUUGCAGAAGACCCAUUUAUUGCCAUUCAUACUGAAGCUAAAUUAUAAGAGGCAAAUUAAGUAUAUAUAUAAAUAUAUAUGUAAACGGUGUAUUAACAAAUGUUUCUCUUUUAUAUUUUUAAUUACUACAAUUUUCUGACUUAUAAGAAUAGUUUUAAAUAAUCAGUGUGAAAAAAUAAUGAAAAGAUUAGAGAAUUACAUAUACUCACACAAUUACAGGGUAACUAUGGCCAAGAUACCAUUUUAUGUGAGAAAAGCCACUUUAUUUGUCAAAACAAUAUCUAAGAGUUCACAAAGUCAAUUUAACAAAUACAUACAUGCACCUGCACACAUAUACACAUAUGGAGAAAGAACAGUAUUUUCUGUUAUGUAUGUAUAAUUUCUCUUUGCCUACACUAUUCUGUAGACUUAAGCUAUGCACAGAUGGUUUAAUGAGGAUUAUUACCCAAAAUAUGUAAUGCAGGAAUCCUAGGAUUUUCUAGACUAACUCUCUUCUUAGAAGGGCAGCAUUAAUUUGUGUUCUUUAUGCAAUUUCUUUCUUAUCUCAAGAAGAAUUCUCAGCAUAGUUUAGAGUGUUUAGAACAAUAUGUGAAAGGAGAAAAACUGGUUUCAUUCACAACCAUUUUCAGAAUAGUUCUGGAUUUUUCUUUCCUCUGUCAUGAUUUUAAAAGAAAACGUACCAAAGAUUAUUUCUUCUACCAAAGAUGAUUUCUUACACGUGUGCAAAUGAUACCGUACAAUUCACACAUGUUUGCAAAACAAACUUUGGCCUCAGAGGGCCCUCAGAUCAAAUGAAAAAAUCUUUCAACUAAAACUCCUUGCUUUGAUUUGAACACAUCUUCAAGUUUUUCUUGUGUUGGAGGCUUGGUCCACAUUGUGUGAUGUGAGUAGAAUGGGACCUCCAAGAGUUGGUGCUUAAUGAGCAUUAGGUAAGCCAAUGAAGAUAUUGCCUAAAGAAGGAUAGAAGCAAGUUGUUAUGGGAAUUUGGUUAAUUUCCAAGAGAGUGAGUUGUAUCAAAACAGCAUGGCUGACUCUUGGAUCCCUUUCUGGCUUCCUGCACUGCAUGUAAUCCUGGUCAUAUGAACUCCUGCCCAAAGCCACACAUUGUGAGACGCUCAACAGAUGUAAAAGAAAAGGCCUACUGAUAUAUUGUACUUUCAGACUCCUAAA